AUGCUGCGGCCGCUUGUGCUCCUAUUAAGGCUCCUGCCAUUAAGGCAGCCACUGAAGGGGCUGGCACGAUCACAGAAUGUGGAGUAUCUAGAUGCGCUGGGCUCAGUACUAGCAGAGACGGGCCAACAGGAGGACGCCAUCACAGUGCUACGACGAGCUGUGGAAUUGCAGCCAGAGAAGGGCUUCUCAAAGUACAUGUACCUUGGACAGCUGCUGGAUGGCGAAGAAGCCCUGGCUGCCCUGCAGAAGGGAGUAUCAGUGCUGCAGUCCACCAUAGACAGCCAGGAAAUGAAUGAGGGGGAAGAGGAUGAGGAGGAGUUGCAAGCUCGGCUGUCCAGCGCACUGUGCACCCUGGCAGAGACGCACAUGGGGCAGGCCAAUGAGGUGUCAGAUGUGGCAGAAGAGUGUGAGGCACUUUUGCUGCGAGCUGCACAAGCAGAUCCGACCAGCCCAGAGCCCAUGCAGGCAUUGGCAAGUCUGAGGGUGGAGCAGGGCCGGCCGGAAGAGGCUCUGCACUGCUUGAGGCAAUCCAUCAGCACCUGGUGCCCCGAUCUGCUCCUUGAAGACGGCAGUGAGUCAGAGGAGGAUGCAGAUGAAGGAGAAGCAUCUGCAAAAGAAAUGGAGCAGGAGGAUGCAGGGGUGGGCACAAGCGGAGAGCAGGGAACAUCUGAGCCUGAGCUUAAUGAGGACAUUGACAGCAGUGAAGAGGAGGAUGACUACGAUGAUGAUGAGCUGCCCACAUUUGAAUUCCGUUUUGAGACAGCCAAGCUGCUCAUUGAGCUAGACGACAAGACGCACGCGGCCACCAAGGCAUGCUCUUUGCUCCUGCCUUUCCAUGUGUUGGAGGGCCUAAUUGCCGAGGAUGACUCAGUGCCGGAUGUGUGGUACUUGCUUGGCCUGUCACUGCAUGCUGGCGGUGAUUUUGAGGAUGCGCUGACAGCAGCCAAUGAGGCUGAGCGCUUGACAGUCCUGCGAAAGCAUGACAUUUCCAACGCAGGGGAAUUCUUGUUGGACUUGGAGGAGCUGAAGGCUGCCAUAAAGGAUUCAAUGGUGGCAGUGGGGUUGACUGUAGAUGACAAAAUGAAGCAAGAGUGA